AUGAAGAUGAGGAUGACCCUGAGUACAAUUUCCUGGAGGAUUUGGACGAACCGGACACGGAGGAUUUCAGGAACGACCGAGCUGUCAGAAUCACCAAGAAGGAGGUGAAUGAGCUGAUGGAGGAGCUCUUCGAGACGUUCCAGGACGAGAUGGGUUUUUCCAACAUGGAGGACGAGGGUCCCGAGGACGACGACGCCGCAGGGGAACCUCGGCCCAACUUCAACACCCCCCAGGCCCUCAGAUUUGAGGAGCCCCUGGCCAAUUUGCUGACGGAGCAGCACCGCACGGUGAAGGAGCAGCUGGAGCAGCUGAGGAUGAGGAAAUGCAGCCUGAAAACGGCCCCGGAGAGCGAGAAACCCAAAAACCCCAAAGAGAAACCCCCGGAGAGCCUCGGGCUGAGCGCGGGACAGAGACAGCGGCUGCGGCAGCAGAUGGGACAGCACGUGCAGCUGCUGACCCAGAUCCAUCUCUUGGCCUCGUUCAACCCCUCCCUGAGCUCCGAGGCCGCCACCACCCGAAUGUUUYUGAAUGAACUGGGCAGCUUUGCCCGCAGUUCCACKCUGCUGAGGGCCCCCCUGAACCCCAAAUUCCAGAGUCUGUUCCAACCSCCCAACCUGAGCGGGGCCCUGCAGCUCCUGGAGGAAUUCCACAGCCACGUCCCCCUGGAGAGCAGCCCCCGGAAAGGGGGAAAGAAAAACGAAAAUUGUGAUUUUUUUGGUAUAAAAUUGAAUUUUUUUUGUAUAAAAUCAAAAUUUUUUUGUAUAAAAUUGAUUUUUUUUUGUACGAAAUGUAUAAUAAUUUGAUUUUUUUUUUUUUUGCACAGUUUGUUGGCCCUGGGGCUGAAACAUUUUGAGGGGACGGAGUUUCCCAAGGCCCUGAUCAGUAAAUUCCUGCUGCCCACCAAGAGCGCCCAUCAGCUGACGGUGCGGAUCAAAAACCUCAACAUGAACCGCGCUCCCGACAACAUCGUCAGGUACUACAGGAAGACGAAGCAGCUGCCGGUGCUGUUGAAAUGCUGUGAGGAAAUUGAGCCCCACGAGUGGAAGGCGCCCGUGGAGAUGGAGGAGCAUCGCCUGCCCUUCUGGUUAAAGGCCAGCCUGCCGUCCAUCCAGCGGGAGCUGAAGCAGCUGGCAGAGGAUGCCAAGGAGCGCCCGAGCUCUGCCCAGCCUGACCCCGCUGUUUUGGGGUCAGAACAGGACCCUCCCGCCGCRGAGAAGGACGACAAAUACCCUCUGCUGAUGCCCAAGGGACUGGUGCUCACCCUCAAACCUUUGGGUAACAGAUUUCCCAGGAGAACCUGGAGGAGACAGCGCUCAUCAUCGCUCAAACCCGUCCUGAUCCGGCCCAACCCCUGCAUGCAACCCAGUCCCGACACCGCCCAAAAAACCCCAAAAACGCCCCAAAGCGAGGCGACUCCACCCCGCAAGGUGCUGCUGCAGCUGCCGCGGCCCAUUCAGCCCGCGCUGCCGGUGUCAGGAGUCCCGGGGGUGCAGCCCCUCGCUGUCCCCGCCGUGCUGGCAGCAGGAGAUGGAUUGGAGUUCCAGAAGGUUCUCCCACCCGCCCAGCCAGACUCCAGGCAGCCUUUCCCGGUAGCCACCGCGCCGGCUCUGGUGGCCACAGAGCCGUUCCAGCCCAAGCUGAUGCUGCCGGCGCUGGCCGGGCCCAAAGCGCGCAGAGCCGGCGGGAGGAAAGGCUACCAAAGGAAAAAAGGGACAAAAUCCACACCGGUGCUCAAAGCCUCGCCCGUCCUGCAGCCAUCCCCUGUCAUCCUGACCGUCCCCGCCGCCACCGUCAAAGUGCUCAACAUCGGCAGCGGCUGCAAYGUCCUCCAGCCCCUCGGUGCCACCGUGGGCCACGGCGCUCAGGCCAUCCCCGUCACCACCCUGCUGGUCAAUCCCGCGCCAUUCCCCUGCCCGCUGAGCCAGCCUUUGGUCACCUCGUCCAUCCCGUCGCUGCUGGUGUCGCCCGGCCCCGUGGGGAUCCCGGCGGCCGCUGUGGGGGAGGGAGAGGAGAAGAUGGGWCUGGUCCCAACUCCCGCCGCCAUGGCYGAGCCCUCAGAGCUGCUGGUUCACRYCAAAAAGGAGGAGGAGGAGGAGGAGGGAGCGAUGGACGCCGCCGCGGCGCGUGAGGGAGGACGGGAUGAGGGCAGCGAGAGCUGGGCUGCGGCUGAAGGAGAUGGAGGAAGCUCUGUGGAGCUGUUGCCUCGCUUGGAAAACCCCGAGGAAACGGCGAAAAUGGAAGCGGAAGAGUCGAACGACGCUGCCAAAGAUGGAGCAUCGUCCACUCCCGCGGGACACAAAAUUGAUGCUUUGUGUGGAGAAAGCAAGGAAAAGGAGCUGGGGCAGGAGCUGAGCAUGGAGGCCGCUGGUUCCUGCGGGGAUGAGGAGCCCGAGAAGGAGGAGAAGGGCGAGGAGGAGCCGUCCCCACCCCGCGGAGCGUCCCCAGCCCCGGGCGGCGAUUCCCCCAGGAAUCCAUCAUGGCCGGAGGGCGACGGCGCCUUCAGCAGCCCCCCGGGCCGGCCCGAGGACUCGGACGGGCAGUCUGUGGGGACGCCGGCCGGCCCCGAGGCUGCCAUGGACAGGGAUGGACAGGAGGAGGAGGAGGACGACGAUUUCGAUGAUUUGACUCAAGAUGAGGAUGAGGAGAUGUCAUCGGCCUCCGAGGAGUCGGUGCUGUCAGUGCCGGAGCUGCAGGAGACGAUGGAGAAGCUGACAUGGCUGGCCACGGAGCGACGGCUGAGCCAGGAGGGCGAUUCCGAGGAGGAAAACUCGCAGGAGGAGAACUCGGAGGGCGACGACGACGACGACGACGAAGGGGACGGAGCCGAGAGUUCUCACAGGGACGAGGACACGGCCCCGAAAUGCGCCCGCGGCGCCGCCCCGCCCGCCUCUGCCAGGGUGGAGGCGCUCACCGUCACUCCAGGAGAGCCCCCGAAAGCCCCCGGGAAGGGCCGCAUUUCUCACCGGAGCCGCCCCAAACGGGGCCGCGCUCGGGGCACCAAAGACACCUCGAAACUGCUGCUGCUCUACGACGAAAACAUCCUGGAGAGAGACCCCCAACGGGAGCAGAAAGACCUGGCAUUCGCCCAGGCCUACCUCAGCAGGGUCCGUGAGACKCUGCAGAACGUUCCGGGGAAAUACGAGGAUUUCCUGCGGAUCCUCUACGAGUUCGAGUGCGGAGGAGAACGGCGCUCGGCCGUGGAUCUGUUCCGGGCUCUAGCAGAUGCUGGAGUGUGGCCUGUUCGAGGAGCAUUUGAGGAGCAGCAGGCGUUCGAGAAGAGCCGCAAGUUCCUGCGGCAGUUGGAGAUUUGCUUCGCUGAGAACCCGGCCCAGCACCAGAGAAUCAUCCGGGCCCUGCAGGGCUGCGGGGACACGGGGACACAGGACACUGCUGAGGAUGUGGAGUGGCCCGAGGCUGUCAGGGAUGGUUCCUGUCCCUGUUCCUGUCCCGAGGGCAGCAGCAGCAGCGCUGAGCUCCGCCUGAAGAAAAACAAACGGAGGAGCUGCAGCCACUGCGGGAACAAGGUGUGUGAGAACAAGCUGUACAAACCCAGGGAUUGUCAGGAGCUGCCCCCGAGCCUGGCUCAGCCUGAACCAACCGCGCUGCACGACGGGAGAGAGCCGGGCAGCGCAAAGGAUUCUGGGAGUGCAAAGGAUUCUGGGAGCGCAAAGGAUUCUGGGAGCGCCAGGGAUUCUGCGAGUGCGAGAGAUCCUGCAAGCGCAAAGGAUUCUGGGAGCACGAGGGAUUCUGGGAGCACGAGGGAUCCUGGGAACGCAAAGGAUUCUGGGAGUGCAAAGGAUCCUGCGAGCGCAAAGGAUUUUGGGAGCACGAGGGAUUCUGGGAGCACGAGGGAUCCUGUGAGUGCAAAGGAUCCUGGGAGUGCCAGGGAUUCUUGGAUUGCGAGGGAUCCUGCGAGCGCAAAGGAUUCUGGGAGCGCAAAGGAUGCUGGGAGCGCAAAGGAUUCUGGGAGUGGGAGGGAUCCUGCGAGCGCAAAGGAUUCUGGGAGCACGAGGGAUCCUGGGAGUGCAAAGGAUUCUGGGAGUGCGAGGGAUCCUGGGAGUGCAAAGGAUCCUGGGAUAUUGAAGGAUUUUGGGAGUGCAAAGGAUUCUGGGAUUGCGAAGGACUCUAGGGUUGCAAAAGAUUCUGGGAUUGCAAAGGAACCAGGAAUUUCUAAGGAUUCUGGAAUCAUGAGGGAUUCUGGGGUUUCUAAUGAUUCUGGAGCUCCAAAGGAUUCUGGGAUUGCUAAGGAGACGGGAAUUUCCAAGGAACCUGGAAUGUUCAAGGAUUCUGGGAUUUCCAAGGAUUCUGGAAUGUCCAAGGAACCUGGAAUGACCAAGGAGCUGGGAAUUUCUAAGGAUUCUGGAAUUUCGAAGGAUCCUGGAAUGUCCAGGGAGUUUGGAAUUCCAAAAGAUUCUGGAAUUUCUAAAGACCCUGGAAUGUCCAAGGAGUUUGGAAUGACCAAGGACUCCCAGAGGGGUGGGGGAGAGCUCCACGGAGCCGAUUUGGCUCUGGGGGGAAAGAUUGGAGCUGAGAUCAGUGGAGGAGCUCGGGGUCGGAGCUGCAGCUUGGACACUGAGGAUGGACACUCCGGACACUCCGGCCACGCUCCCAAGGGUGGGGUCCACCCAAAAUCACCCAACUGCAGCUCCGAGGGGGUUGGGGAAGAGCUCCACAGAGCUGAUUUGGGCGCGGGGAGAAAAACCGGAGCCAAAACCAGYGAAGGGACUCGGGGACRGAGCUGCGGUUUGGACAMUGAGGAUGGACACUGCGGACACUCUGGACACUCCGGCCAYGCUCCCAAGGGUGGGGGCCACCCAAAAUCACCCAACUGCAGCCCCGAGGGGCACGCGGAGCUCCGCGCUGGGCACAGGGAGCAGCAGCAGAGGGGCAGCGAGGCCACGGUGUGCGCCAAGAACAGCAAGGUCAGCUCCACCGGCGAGAAGGUCGUGCUCUGGACCAGGUGAGAGUGGAGCUCACGGGGAUCGGCCCCGCCUCCUUCCCUUCCCUUUAAAUCCCAUUUUCUGUCUUUUUCCCCUUUCAAUUCCCAUUUUUGGCCUUUUUUCCCUUUCAGUUCCCAUUUUCUGAAUUCCCAUUUUCUGCCCRUUUGAAUUCCCAAUUUCUGCUUUUUCCUUCUGAAUCCCCAUUUUCUGAAUUCCCAUUUUCUGAAUCCCCUGUGAAUCCCUGUUUUUAAAUCCCCAUUUUUCCCUCUUUC